AUGUCGACCCGCAGUUAUCAAGGGUGCUGGACCUGCAAGCGCCGUCGGCGACGCUGCGACAAUGCCCGUCCAACAUGUCGAAAUUGUGCACAGCGAGGAGUGGAUUGUGAGGGCUACGAGGUACGACUGCGCUGGGGUAGCGGCAUUGCCUCGCGUGGCCGAUUUACCGGCGCAGAUAAGCCAUUGGAAGAGAAUGUACCGCCGAGGCCAAAGGGAAGACGGAGAGAUUUGAGUAGGGAAAGGAAGAGGCUUGAGGCUCAGACUCAGGCCCAGAGAGAUGUUGGUGAGUUCUUGAUACCUGGGGCAAUUUAUGAUGGACCUGACAAGUCGCCAGCAAAAUUUCAUGACAUGGUCGCUCAAUUGGAUGAGGAUGUCUCUCCAAAGAUAGAUCGGUCAGAACAAGAUGAGUUUCUUUUCAAUGAAUUUUUGACAAGUGGAAUCAACAUUCUACAUUCCACUACAGCCCCUAAGAGCAUGUUACAACCUAGACUUCCCGAAUUGUGUCAAGAGUCCAGCGCCUUGUAUAAUAUCUGCCUUACAUUUCAACUCUCUCUAUCUGCUACUCACACAACUCAAUUUUUCGAAUACCUUGAUACUUCACUACGGGAGUUUCGUUCCGAACUAGCCCGCUCCACGACGCUCUCAGACGGCACACUGACCGCGGGGCUUCUAAUGUGCAGUAUUGGUUUGAUGCACGGACUGCCGUGGACAAUGCACAUAGAAGGCAUGCACAACAUCUUGCAAAGCUGCCUUCCGGAUAGUCCACGUGGUAUAGCUACCCCAACUCCAUUUCGAACCCACCUCCUUGAGGUUAUGGGAGUCAUGGACCUGCCCUGCCUCACGAUAGGGCGUCAGACACCUCCGAUCGGCAUUUGGCGCCGCUUCUGCCAACCGACAGGGCCGAGGCACGGCAUCGAGCCGGUGACUGGAAUACCGCGCUCUCUCUUGGACCUACUCGCAGGGAUUAACCUAGAUACAACAGAGCAAAGUUUCUGGGAUUGGCCUGGUGAAGCGGGGAGCUUCUUGCAGUGCUAUCUAUGGGAAGCCUACAGACUAGCGGGAAUUCUGACCAUCCGCCAAUCCGAACGCCUGCGAAAACCGUCUUCGGGGAGUCCUCGGAACCUGUCAAUGUGGCGACAACCGAAUUCGUGCCCGGUGGACUCGAGCAUUCUAGUAGGUCGUAUUCUGGCCAAUGUGGAUGCUCUUCGCUUGGGAUGCCUAGAGCGCCCGGACGAGGACCCUUUUAUCAAGAACUCAAUUCUUUUCCCGAAUGUGGUUGCCGGGAUGGAGGCAGACGUUAUGCGUCAGAAUCCACGGCUGCAAAAAGUUAUUCGCGAAUGCUCUUUGGGAUCGCGUCAAGAUGAUAUUCUCCUUGACCUUCUGGAAGAAGUAUGGCGCCAGGGCGACUCUACACUUGAUAUCAAUGACCUCGCCCGAGCAAAGGGUGUUGAAAUGGGUCUGCUUUGA